UGUCUGUGUCACUCUCAGAAGACGCUCUGCUAGUAUAUAAGACAUGUCAGAGGCUCCAAGAACAGAAGAAGCAUCUGAAACCAACACUUCACAUCUACUGAUCAUCCAGAGAUUGAGCAACGAAAAUGACUGGAGCCGCCGUGUCCAUGUGCCUACUUUUCCUCCUGUCUGUAUGUUCAGCGUGUUACAUCUCUAACUGUCCCAUCGGCGGGAAGAGGUCCAUCAUGGAUGCUCCGCUGCGAAAGUGCAUGUCUUGUGGCCCCGGAGACAGGGGCCGUUGCUUCGGCCCCAGUAUCUGCUGCGGGGACGGCCUCGGCUGCCUGCUGGGCGCCCCGGAAACAGCUCACUGUGUGGAGGAGAACUACCUGCUCACCCCUUGCCAGGCAGGCGGGAGACCCUGUGGAUCUGAGGGAGGACGCUGCGCUGCUUCAGGACUCUGCUGUGAUGCAGAAAGCUGCACCACAGACCAAUCCUGCCUCAUCGAUGAGGAAGGAGACGACCAAAUCAGCCUGUCCGACGGCAGCGACCCCGCUGACAUCAUCCUCAGGCUCCUGCAUCUGGCCGGUCACACUUCUCAUCGAGUUCACCAAUGAGCUGCUCCUGACACCCAAGCCUCAUGGGAAAUGGGACUUGUAGUUGUAGUUCAUAUAGUUGUAUUUCUAUGUUAGUAUGUCGGUAGAGUGCCUUUGUCAAUAUAUU